AUGGAAGCUGCUUAUCAAGCCAAUGUUGUCAGAGGCUUCGAUGAUCUUGUCGAUUUUACCUACCGUACCAAUAGCCGAGGAACUCUUUUGGGCUGGCUGAACGGUCUGGACAAAAAGCUCGAAUCUUUGCUAACUACCCUGGAGCGUGGGCCAACACUGAAGUUCUUUCCGAACCUUGGUGGUGGAUCCACAACCAAAGACCAUACAAAAGCCCCGGGAAAGACUCCAAGCCAGCCGAGCUCGUCUCAAGCCCAUGUUAAAACGCCGAAGUGCGUUGCUAAGCCAGCACCACGGGCACGAACUGUAGCACCUAAGCACACAGCUGAAGCGAAAGCUGCGGCUGAGAAGAGACGAGCAACUGAGACAAAGCAGCUCGAGGCACGCCUUGGAAGACUGCCGUUGUACCAAAAACAACAGGAUGGCAGGACAUAUGUUAUUCCAAUCCAGCCAACCAAAAAGGAUCGCCUACCGCGAGCACUUCAAGCACUCAAGACUGUGAAAUUGAUUGUGCCACAGCUCUACCCGCUUGAACAUAGCUUGAUCAAGUUACAGGGAGCCGAAGGCCCCGAAGUGAAAGCCACAGAAGUGGGAUUCACUCAGUGGGUAGAACAGACUUCGCAGCUGAGUCUGGUAUCUCAGGUCAACUACCUGGCGAGCAAUAUCCACAAGUUCGCUGCAACGCCUUUGCCAAAAGAAGAGGAGCCCACUGAAACUGUACCUCCACCAGUGGAAGAAGAUGAGGAUGAGUUUGUGGAAGAGCCUGCAAAAGUACCUGCGACUCAAGAUAAUGAAGAAAGACCACAUCUUGUUGUCAUUCCAAGACCACCCGAAUGGUCAGUUCCUGAUCCCACCAGUGGCGCCGAGGGGACAUCAGAUGAAUCCAGUUGCGAGGAAGACGAGUAUUCAGAUGAAGAGGAAGACGAUGAAGGUGGUGCGCCCGUUCCCGCAUCAGUGGAUAACAACGCGCCCGGACGAGGCGUUGCACUUUCCUUUCCAUUCUUAGAGCUCUAUGGGAUUGAGCUGCUGGAACUCUUGAACCUCAAUAUCACGAUCAAAUGUGAUAGAUGUAAGGUGGCGGUCGACAUUAAGAACGUGCCACAUAUUACCGCUGAGCAGGGCCAGAUGCCGAAAAUGGAGUCGUGCAGGAAAUGUGCUAAUAAUAUGAGUGUCGCGUUCCGGACACAGUUGAUGCAUUCUCAUGCCAAUCGUGCUGGCUACCUUGACUUGGGCGGCUGCACAAUUGGGGACAUGCUUCUUAGCGACUUCAUCCCAACAUGCUCCGAGUGCUCGACUCCCCAUCCGGCACCGGGCAUACCUGCAGUUCGCGGCGAGAGUGCCAUGGGUAUAUGUCGCCAGUGCCAUCGCAAAAUGGUUUUCAAGAUUCCCGAGGUCAAAUUCCUUCUGGUGGGAAGUGCAACAAUCACUUCUCGUGGAGCCCUACCCCUGAAACGAAAGCCUCAGGAGGUCCUCGGCAUUGUCGCAGGACAAGAACUUCCGCGAUGCGGUCGAUGCCAGCACUAUGCCAAGAGUCAACGCUGGUUCAGAUUCAGCUGCUGCUCUAAGGUCUUCCCUUGUGACAAGUAUGAUUCCCCGCUGGAUAUCUCCCCAUCCCUCUUCACAUGCUGA